AUGGGUAGCAGCGACAUUGAGACGUACAACGAGAAGGGCCUCGCGCCCGCUGCGGGCCACGACAGGGUUGCCUCCCCUUCGCACGAUAAGAAGGGCGACCUCUGGGUAGACGACGUCAAAGUCGUCGCCGCGGACGAGGAUGCCGAGAACGCCGCUCACAACUACGGUAUCCACGCCACGGCCGAGGAGUUGGCGGAUGCAGAGGAGAAGAUCGGUGACAUGAGCUUGGAGAAGUGCAAGAAGAUCAUGCACGAGGUGCUUCUUAUGCACCAGCACGACCAGAACUUCUCCACCGAGCUCGUCAACAAGAUCAAGCAGCUUCUCUACGACCCGGACGUCACUGAGCACCCGGAGAGGCACGCCAACCUUAUCCACGCGAUGAAGCUGGAGGCCGUCAUGGCUACCGAGAACUCGCCCUACGAAAUUGUCCGUGGUGUUGUUGACAACUUUGACGACCCUUCCAUCCCCAGUCUCACCUUCCGUACUUGGUUCAUCGGUCUGCUCUUCGCUGGCAUCAUCGGUCUCGUCAACCAGCUUUUCAGCAUCCGUUACCCCUCUAUCGCCAUCUCUGCCUACGUCGGUCAGCUUGUCGCCUUCCCGCUGGGUAAGCUGCUCGAGAAGAUCAUGCCCACCAAGAGGUUCAACCUCUUCGGUUGGCACUUCUCGUUCAACCCGGGUCCUUUCAACAGGAAGGAGCACAUGCUUAUCACCAUCAUGUGCACCAUCGUUCAGAACCCUCCCUACACCGGCAACAUCAUCCUGGCCCAGGCUCUUCCGAUCUACUUCAACCAGCCCUACGCUAGGACUUUCGGCUACCAGCUCGUCAACACCUUGGCCUCCAACUUCCUCGGCCUCGGCAUGGCCGGCCUCUUCCGCCGCUUCAUUGUCUACCCCAGCUUCUGUGUUUGGCCCGUUCAGCUUGCGACCCUCGCCUUGAACAAGGCCUUCCACCAGGACGACUCGGCUGCCGUUGCGGGUCCUUUCAAGCGCUUCUACUACAUGAGCCGUCUCAAGCUGUUCUACUGGGCCUUUGGAAUCUACUUCGUGUGGUUCUGGUUCCCCAACUUCAUCGCUCCCUUCAUGAACUCGUUUGACUGGAUGGCUUGGAUUGCGCCCGACAACAAGAACUACGUCGCCAUGGUCGCUGUGGGUGGCGCUGGUCUCGGACUCAACCCCUUCCCCACGAUGGACUGGUCGCAGGUUCAGGCUAUUCUUUCUACCCUUACUGUUCCGCUCUUCUCCGUUGCGAACCAGUUCCUCGGCGUCGUUCUUGGAAUGUUCCCCAUCAUUGCGCUCUGGUACACCAACACGUGGCAGACUGGUCGUUUCCCCAUCCUCGACAACCACACCUGGACCAACACCGGCAAGCCGUACAACGUGACCAUGGUCACCGACUCUAUGGGCAAGCUCGUCGAGGAGAAGUACCAGGCCUACUCGGAGCCGUGGAUGGCCGCCUCUAACCUCAUCAUCUACUUCUUCUUCUUCGCCGGUUACUCGUCUAUGGUCACCUACACGCUUCUCUACCACCGUCACGAGAUGGCCAUCGCCUUCAGGGAGUCUUGGAAGGGCCUGAAGAGGAGCCUCAGGAGGAACAAGAACUACGACGAUGAGGAUGAGGUCAACCUUGCCGAGGACGUCCACAUGCGCCUCAUGCGUGCCUACCCCGAGGUCCCCGAGUGGUGGUACCUCAUCAUCUUCCUCAUUUCCUUCGCUCUCGGCAUUGUCGGUAUUGCGGCCUUCCCUACAGGUGUCAGCCCCGCCAUCGUCGUGUUCGGAGUGGUGCUGGCUCUCAUUUUCACGAUUCCUACCGGUCUGGUGAGCGCCGUCACUGGAGGCAACAUCACCCUGAACGUUUUCGCCGAGUUCGUUGGUGGAGCCCUCGUUCCUGGUGAUGCUUUGAGCAUGAACUACUUCAAGAUGUACGGUUACAUUGUCUCGGCUUAUGCCAUCAACUUCUGUGGUGACCUGAAGCUGGCCCACUACACGAAGAUCAACCCCCGCCACACUUUCGUCACCCAGAUGGCCGCCACCCUCCUCGCGUCCUUUGUCGCUUGCGCCAUCUUCAACUUCCAGAUGUCGUUCAAGGACGUCUGUACGCCGGAUGCUGAGUGGGGCAUGAUCUGUCCCGGUGAGAACACGUUCUUCACUGCUGCUCUGUUCUUCGGUCUCACUGGACCUAGGCGCAUGUUCGGCAAGGGCGGACGCUACAUGCUCCUCCUGCUCGGCUUCCCCGUCGGCGUUUUCGUCACCCUCGCCGUGUACCUCGUUCAGAAGUUCUUCCCCAGGAACAAGUACAUGCGUUCGCUGCACCCGGUCAUGCUCUUCUUCGGACCCCUCAACUACUGGCAGUACCCUUACAACCUGUCCCACAUGUGGCUCUGCUUCAUCUGGACCUGGGUUUCUUGGGGCUUCGUCAAGAGCCGCUGGCUGGCGUUCUGGAACAAGUACAACUUCGUCCUCGCUGCCGCGCUCAACUGUUCGAUUGCCAUUGCCGCUCUGGUGCUCUUCUUCUGCGUGGAAGUUCCUGGCGCUCAGAUGCCCGACUGGUGGGGUACCACUGUCGUCUCGAGCGUCAAGCGACCCGUUCGUAUCGAGGAGCUUCCCGCGCGAGGCUACUUCGGCCCCGAGAAGGGCACUUUCAACUAA